AUGCUCAACGAGAGCAGCCACCGUGUUGUCAUGAUCACUGGAGAUAAUCCUCUAACCGCCGUCUACGUCGCUCGCGAUGUCGAGAUUGUAGACCGUGAGGUCCUCAUUCUCGACGCCCCCGAAGACAACGACGACGGCGACAAGCUCGUCUGGAGAAGUGUGGACGACAAGAUCAGCAUCCCUGUGGACCCUACCAAGCCUAUUGAUCCCGAAAUUAUCAAGACCAAGGAUCUCUGCGUUACCGGUUACGCUCUCGCCAAGUUCAAGGGCCAGCAGGCCUGGUUCUCCAUCCUCCGCCACACCUGGGUCUACGCUCGUGUGUCGCCCAAGCAGAAAGAGGACAUCCUUCUCGGUCUCAAGGAGAUGGGCUACUACACUCUGAUGGCUGGCGAUGGCACGAACGACGUUGGUGCUCUCAAGCAGGCCCAUAUUGGUGUCGCUCUUCUCAACGGUACCCAGGAGGAUCUUGUUCGUAUUGCCGAACACUCUCGCAACACUAGGAUGAAGGACAUCUACCAGAAGCAAGUCGAGAUGAUGAAGCGCUUCAACCAGCCUGCUCCCCCCGUCCCUGUCCUGAUCGCCCACAUGUACCCUCCGGGCCCUAGCAACCCUAACUUCAACAAGGCUGUCGAACGUGAGGCCCAGAAGAAGAAUGUUUCGCCCGAAGAGUACGUCAAGGCUCAAGGAUACGACGUCGAGACCAUCACUUCGCCCGCCGCCCAGCAGCUCAUCAACUCUGACCCUAAGAACCGCAAUGCUCAAGCCCAGAAGAAGGCCGCCAACCUCGCCGACAGGAUGACCACCAGCCUCAUGGAGAAUGAGCUCGACGACAACGAGCCCCCGACUCUCAAGCUCGGUGACGCUUCCGUUGCUGCGCCCUUCACGAGCAAGCUCCGCAACGUCAUUGCCGUUCCCAACAUUAUUCGCCAGGGCCGUUGCACACUUGUCGCCACCAUUCAGAUGUACAAGAUUCUCGCCCUCAACUGCCGAGUUCUCGCCAGCCUGCUCAACAGUGCCGUCUACCUCCUGCAGCUCAUCCAGCAGAUCAGCACCUUUGCCAUCAACUACCAGGGCCGUCCCUUCCGCGAGUCCCUCUCCGAGAACCGCGGUAUGUUCUGGGGCAUCCUCGGCGUCUCGGCCCUCGCCUUCUCCUGCGCCAUGGAGCUCGCGCCCGAGAUUAACGAGCAGAUGAAGCUCGUGCCCUUCACCGAUGAGUUCAAGACGACCAUGACGUCCGUCAUGGUGUUUGAUUACGCGGCCUGCUGGACCAUCGAGGUCGUCCUGAAACGCCUCUUCUCCGACUUCCGCCCCCGCGACAUUGCGGACCGCCGGCCCGACCAGCUCGAGCGCGAAAAGGUGCGCAAAGCCGAGGCCAUCCAGAAGCUCAUCGCCGAGCAGGAGAAGGCCGAGGAGGAGAAGAUUGCUGCGCUCGAGAAGCAGAUUGCCGACAGGCGGCAGCAGGUGGCCAACUGGCGUCGCGGUGGCCCGGCGCAGUAG